AUGAGUGCGAUUUGUAGCAUUGUCCCAGACCACAUACUCGAGAGUAUUGUGGAAAAGGGCGAGGCGCCACCGCAUGUCAUUGACUCUUGCCAGGCUACUAUUGCCAAAACAAGGGAGCUACGCGAUGCACGUAUCGAACAUGGGCAGAGUGUUGCGUCCAUUGUAGGACAAGAGCCUCCUCAAGGUAUCAUUCCAUCUUACAUCCACGAAGCUAUUGCUCGGUAUGCUGCUAGCCAAGGGCAAUUUUCCGGAGCUGUGAAAAACCUAAACCGGACGGUUUACCAUGCGCAAAACCAGACCAAUGAAAGGAAGCUCCCUCGGGACGUAAUCUUGAUCAAGGAAGGCGGCGACCUAAUCAAAAGGGAGAAGGACCUAAGUGGUGACCCAAAUGAGUGCUAUGUGGGAUUCCAGAAAACAUACGACUUCUACUUCGAAUUUUUCAAACGAAACUCAAUUGAUAACCGCGGUCUGCAACUUGAUGGUUUUGUGCAUUUUGGCACCAAGUACCUGAACGCCUUCUGGGCCAAUGACAAAAUGGUUUUCGGCGACGGAGAUGGCGUGAUCUUCAACGGCUUCACUGACGAGCUAGACGUCAUUGGUCACGAGCUUACUCACGGGGUGGUAGAGUACUCGGGCGGGCUGGAAUAUUAUGAUCAGAGCGGUGCUCUAAAUGAAUCAAUUGCCGACACAGCCGCUGAGGCUAAUUGGCUUAUCGGGGAGGGAAUCUGGGCUAAGGGCGUUAAUGGCAGAGCUUUGCGAGACAUGAAGGCACCUGGAACAGCUUAUUCCGACAGAAGAGUGGGGUCGGAUUCUCAACCAGCGCACUGGAAGGACUUCAAAAGGCUUCCGAGAUCAGAUGAUGGUGGAGGUGUUCAUAGCAACUCUGGUAUCCCAAACCAUGCCUUUUACCUGGCUGCUACGCUCAUUGGGGGCUAUUCCUGGGAGACUGCUGGCCCUGUUUGGUACAAGGCUUUGACUGGCGGGGAACUCAGGCCAAAUGCAAGCUUCAAGGAGUUUGCUGACCUCACUAUUAUCAAUGCUGGUGAGCAUGAAGCAGAUAUUAGAGAAGCUUGGAUGCAGGUCGGGUAUCCUUUCUGA